UUAGUGUGCUACAACCCUUAAGUGAUGUAACUUAAAGGAACCUUUUUUGCUUAUAAAAGACUAGUGAUAAUUCAUACCUAUCACUGUCAUAGUUCAGUUACUGACUCGUUUAGCCCAAAGUGCGUUUUGUCUAAUGGGUUCACCUUAGUUCGUUUGACCAAAUCAUAAACUCAAAGGGGGUUUCUUUAAAAACCCAUGUUCUGCUUUUUGUCUUCAAACUGUUUUUUAGUUUGAUUUCAGAGAUUAUUUGUGUUUUCUCUGAGGAUUUUCCUCUCACUGGUUCUUGGUGAUUUCUCAAUGGUCCCCAGUUUGCUCUGAUUGGUCCAGAGGGGCUUCUUUCUUGUAUUUGUCAUGUCUUGUUAGAGUUUUUAGGUGCCUUCUUGAAUUCCAGCAUCCUUGCUGUGGAGAUCACAAACGCAAGGCAUGCAAUUACGGCCAGAGCUAUACAACAUUUUGUGAAUAUUGAAACACAUGAGCUACAUGAGGUGGCACGGUGGUCGACUGGUUAGCGCGGCAGCCUCACAGUUCUGAGGACCCGGGUUCAAUCCCCGGUCCCGCCUGUGUGGAGUUUGCAUGUUCUCCCCGUGCCUGCGUGGGUUUUCUCCGGGCGCUCCGGUUUUCUCCCACAUCCCAAAAAACAUGCAUGGUAGGUUAAUUGACAACUCUAAAUUGCCCGCAGGUGUGAAUGUGAGUGCGACUGGUUGUUUGUUUGUAUGUGCCCUGCGAUUGGCUGGCAAACAGUUCAGGUUGUACCCCGCCUCCUGCCCGAUGAUAGCUGGGAUAGGCUCCAGCACGCCCGCACGCCCGCGACCCUAGUGAGGAGAAGCGGCUCAGAAAAUGGAUGGAUUGAUGAGCUACAUGACACUUUUCCACACAGAAAGAUUGAAAGGAGUUGCUGUUGUGUGGAUCGACGUGGGUGGAUGGAGCGAGACUGCGGAGUCUUGGACAGACCCAAUGCCGGUCCGCUAGUCCUCAAGCAGCAACGAGCUAGCCGCUAGUAGACGGACAACUCGCGGUGGAGCCAUCCAGUUCGCCAUUGCAUCGAUUGUGUGAUCAUAGCAGGAUGCUGGAGCUGCUCCUCUCCCUGCUUGUCGCCUCAGUGGGCUGCAACACAAUCCAGCAACUGGACAGCCAAUCUGGGGACAGACAAGCAGCAGGUGAGGUUGCUGUGACAACCAGGCCUCUCAUCUACUACUGUCGCUCGCCCAACAUGGAGGUCUUCACCUGCUGGUGGCAUCCGCUCACCAACCUGACAGAAGGGGAGGAAGUCAACCACGUGCUCACCUAUUCCAAAGACAAGGGACCGAAACUUGAGUGUCCAGACAACACGAGUGCCGGUGCCAACAGCUGCCAUUUUGACAGCAUCCACACAUUCAUAUGGAACAUCUACUGCAUGAACGUCACGGCUGUAACUGCUCGCCAAAACUUCACUUCACCAGAACACUGCCUUGAUGUGGCCGACAUCGUUCAGACUGAUGCACCAGUCAAUCUAAAGUACGAACUGAUGGAUGCCGGCGGGGAUGAGAUAGGUCAUGACGUGCUGCUCACCUGGGUGUACCCGAGGCCCUCAGACCUCAAGUACGGCUGGAUCACUCUGGUGUACGAGUUGCAGUACAGACGAGUUAGCGAGCCUGACAAGUGGAAGGUCAAGCAGUCGCUGCGAGAGCCUCAAGUCAAGCUGCUUGGCCUUCCUAUCAAUGACUAUGUGAUCCGCGUACGCUGCCGCUCACACAACUACGGCCUAUGGAGCAAAUGGAGUCAGCCAUUGCUGAUGAGCAUUCCCGCCCGGGCUCCAGCAGCAGACAAACUGCUGGUGCUGAUUCUGGUGACGAGCAUCAGCAUCGUGGUGCUGCUGGCCAUCACUGUACGUGUUAUUCCACAGUGGGUGAGAAUUAAAGACUUCUUCUUGCCACCUAUUCCGAAACCGCGCAUCAUCGGCAUUGACCCGCUGCUUUUGAAGAAUGGGAAUUUGGAUGAAAUCAACCGCCACCUGACUAAUUUCCACGGCUACUUGCCUCCCAGCUUCAUGGACACUGAAGUUUGGGAGCAGGUGAGUCCUGACAACAUCUAUGUCACCACGCCCAAAGAGUGCACCAUUCCUACCGAGUCGCUCAACCAGAUGAGGGAUGCCUUCAGUGUCCCACACGACUUGACGGCCACCACAACUCAUAAUCAACUUUGGAGCCAGCCGCCAACAACGUACACACAAAGCCCGUACUGCAUGUCUCCUCCUCAAGCCUUCUCACAAUCCCCAUGGCCUGAGAUUGUUAGCAUGCCAGAGAGCAGCUACAGCAUGAUAGAACAGCCAAGUGCACACCCACCGGCCCUCUCCACUACCUGCCCCCUGCAGGAUCUCUACAGCUGUGUACAGGUCAUGAAUGACAGCAACGGAUUGCAGUUGGUGCCGUGCCUGCCAACUGCGUAUUGCGAGCUCCCGGCACUCCCCAAGUUUAAUUUACAAGCUAGCGUAAAAGAGGAAGAAAAUGAGAAGUUGGCUGAGAACCAAGCCAGAAAGAACGAUGCGGCUAUAGCCAAAGAGAGCUGAGUGGACUGCAAGAUGUGCAGAACCACAACAACAAUUAGAUUUGGUGGAUUACAGGAACAUGUCUUUAUUAUACUCUUGUGCCAUCAAAAACUCCACAUCAGUGGAGAAAAGAGGACAUUUGUCUUUAAUGUCUUUGUAAACCAUACAACCAGUGGACUUUGUCUGAUUCUAAAUGGAAUUAUAUCGCACUCAUUUAUAGCUCAAAACGUUGAAAUGGUGGGUAAAUGGAGUCCAGCACUGAUGUGACACAUGGAGCCUGCUCCAUCAUGAUGUCAAUUGUCGUAUGAAUCUGAAUUUGAAUCGGGAAGCUUCCAAAAGUAGUAAGCUAAUGACAGAGGUGUUUGGUUUCUCUGUAAACUAUCAGAUUAUUUAGGAUGUCUUAAAUGCUCAAUGACAAGACUGUACUUUAUGUUGGUUAUAUAAUGUAUUAUAUUUCAAAAAUAUGUUUGUGAAGAGCGGGAGCAGGUUUUUGAUAUUGUCUUAUCCUUAAUGGUUGGUGAUGUCACCACAUCAUCACAUUUCAAAGAAUCAAGGUGUGUCAGACAAGUUCCAGGAAUGGUGUCACAAAUGGUAAAAAGUAUUUUAAAUCCAAACUUCAAAUUACGUGUUUUCCCCUUCAAUAUGAACGAGACAAUCAACAAGCACGUCUACAAAAUAAAAAAGGUCCUGCGGUGAUGGCUUCAUUCCGUGUGCAAGAAGAGGCAAGAGUUGUGCCAGGACAACUGGUGGUUACUUCACCAUGACAAUGUGCUAGCUCACAAGCCCUGAGCAUCCCACAGUUCCUGGCCGAGAAGAACAUCCCUGUGAUGGCGCAAACUCCCUACUCACCUUGCUCCGUGUGAUUUUGUUGCUCUUUCCCAAGCUCAAGGGGGUCAUCAAGAGGACUUGUUUUAAAGAUGAUGUCAAGAUGGCUGUUAGGACAGAGCUGCAUGGGAUCCUGCAACGAUCCUUCCAGGAGUGCAUGAAGGCGUAGCAUAGAAGGCUGGGAAGGUCCGUUAGACUCCAGGAGGAUUGCUUCCAAGGGGUAAACUUGUAGUUUGGAUUUGAAAUGUAUCUUUUGUGAUGCCAGUCCUGGAACUUCUCUGACACACCUGAUUUCUGCUGCCUAUACAUUUCUCUGACAGUUCCGCCUUUCCCCUUCUGUGGUUGUCCUGUUGAUGUUGCCAUUGUCUGUCUGUGGGCCCUCUUCUUCAGGAGGUUUUCAGCCAUUCCUCAGUAUUUAAAUAUUUAUUCACAAAGUGAAUUUGUUUAUUCUUAUUGUAAAGGGCAAAUAAAGAUAUGCCAAUAUCAUCAGGCAAGACAGUGA